AUGAAUCUCCUUGGUCUACCGACGCAAUUUGACCCCAACGAUGGUACUUCUGCAGGACCUGCUUUCGUGCCCACAGACCUUGACCCAAACAACCAAACACGUUCCGAUGCUCGUCGGACCUACUUCGAUCCCUACGUCACCAGAAGCAAUUUCCAUGUCAUCACUGGACAGCAUGUGACACGAGUGCUGAUCGAAGGUACUGGUGGCAAUGGCGAAGUGGACAACCCAACCUCUGGUGGCAACGACAAUGGCAACGGGCCUGCCUCAGGCAACAAUGACGGCUUUGGAUUUGGUCCAGGUGGAAGCACUCCUCCUCUAUCAGGGCAAAUGCCUCCUCGCUUUGUCCGUAGACAGGACCCUGGCAAUUCUAACUUAAGAGUUUCAGGAGUUGAAUUCGCACCCAAUGCUUCUGCUCCACGUCAAACAGUCUACGCUACUAGGGAAGUCAUAGUUGCUGCUGGUGCAUUGCACUCCGCCCAGCUUCUACAAUUAUCUGGCAUUGGACCAGAGUUAUUGCUCAAUCAGUACAACAUAACUGUAGCGCUCAGUCUGCCAGGUGUAGGCAAUAACCUUCAAGAUCACCCUCUCGUCGGAACUUUCUAUCCUUAUAAUAACGCCAGCUAUCCCUCGCCAACUGAGCUAACGACCAACGCUACCUAUAAUCUGGAAGCUGAACAAGAAUAUGACACGGACAAGACUGGUCCUUGGACGGCUGGAUCCCCAAAUGCAUUGGCGUUUAAUCCUCUGCCAUUGAUCAGCAACAAUUCAGCCAGCAUUCUUAGCAACGCUAGCAGCCAGAACCCAACGGACUACCUGGUUGCUGGGCUAGAUCCCACGAUUAUCGCUGGUUAUACUGCUCAGAAACAAUCUUUGGUGACACGAUUGGCGCAAAACACCGUAGCUGCAUAUGAGAUCAUCAACAACAAUGCUGGAAGCUUGACAGUAUCUGUCAUGCAUCCUUUCUCUCGCGGUACCUGCUACAUUCAGUCUGCUGACCCGUUCCAGCCACCUGCUAUCGAUCCUCGAUGGCUCACCAACCCUGUGGAUAGACAAGUCCUGAUUGAGGCACUGUUAUUCAACCGACAGAUCCUUGCCACUCCUCCUAUGGUCGAGUUGCAAGCGGCACAAUUUGUACCGCCUGUUGACGCUGAUGAAGACGCAAUUAAUCAAGUGAUCAACAACGGAAUACGCACCGAAUUCCACCCUAGUGGCACAUUGGCAAUGCUCCCACUUGAGCAGGGCGGUGUUGUGGAUUCGCACUUACGGGUUUGGGGUACGCAGAACUUGAGAGUGGUCGACGCAGGGAUCUUCCCGGUAAUCCCAGCUGCACAUUUGCAGGCCGUAGUAUACGGAGUAGCAGAGAAGGCUGCCGACAUCAUCAAGGCGGACAAUCUCUCUUCGAGCGCAGUGCCAGCACCGUCUUCAAUGGCUACAGCCUUGUCGACAGCCCUAGCCACGUCUUCGGAGGUUGCUGUCCCAACGAGCGCUGUCCCGACAUCAUCCCCAACGAUUGCAACCUUGUCGACAAUGGCAGACUCUACAAUUCUGGCCACCUCCUCAGUGCCAGUCAUACCGUCCACGACCUCGACAGUGCAAUCUGUGGCUAUUUCAAUCCCAGAUUCUUCUACGACUUCUUCAUCAAUCCCGACAAUGCACUCUACCGCUUCCUCAACUAUGAAUACAUCUGCAACCUAUUUAGCUAACUCAGCUGUCUUCUCUGUCGCCACGUCAACGGCUCUGUUGUCUGCAAGCGCUUCACCAAAUUCAACAUUACAACCUGUGUUGUCAUCGACAACGACUUUGCCUGCAAGAUUGUCUGCGUCUUCACCGGCAAGCAUCCCACAAAGUUCAGCCGAAUUGAGCAGUCACUCGUCCCAGUCGAUCUUCUCAUUUCCUUCGACGAGCAUAUUGUCGGCAAGCUUCUCUGCAUUUUCGUCGUCAACCGUGCUACAUAGUCCAGCGGAAUUAAGCAGUCUCAACUCGCAACCGAGCUCCUCGCAGACUUCAUCGGUAGUCGCGUUGACCGCGGAGAUCAGCUCUAUCCACAUCACGACAUCUUCUAGCGCAGCCAGUGAGCCUUCAUUCUCGAGCUUAGCCAUGACAUCUGCGACGCAAGUAAGCUCAAGUACCACUUCAUCCGGGACUUCCAUGAGUCUAUCUCUUUCUAGUCCAGCACAGUUAUCCACGUCCUCGACGCUGCCAAGUUCUCACGAAUCAGUCCAGGAGUUCACCACAACGCUAGUCUCGAGCCUACCAAACUCCAUAUCCUUGCCUUCUAUCACCAGAACGGCAACAUCUCCAUCUACGACAGAUCAUUCUACACCGGCCUUUUCACCUACUACCUUGCCAGGACCUGAGGAGCUUACUUCAUCCAUCAUUGGGGUGUUGACCUCUGCAGGCGUCCCGUCAUCUGUUGCGUCUUCAUUAGCACCCAUCAUCGUAGGAAGUCCUCCUGAAACCACAGGCAUUCCAUCGGCUUCCUCGACAGCAACGGAGACGGAACAGCAGCAAGAAAAGGCGGCUCUUGUUGCAUUCAUCCAGUGGUUUCUCAGCUUUUUCCACUUGGACUGA